AUGGCCGAAGGAAUUGACACUUUGCAAACCCUGUACUCGCGUUCGGAGAGGUCGUUUUUUCUGACGGCCCUUCUUCAAACGCAGCGUGCGGGUCUCGUCGCACUGCUAGACGAGACCAAGGAAAUCAACAAUCAGCUGUUCACGAGGCUCCCAGCUGUCCCAGGCCGGUGGAUAGCCACUCCAGUGGACGAGGUAACUCAUCCGGACGCCAUUCACGUCGCGUUGGUUCAAAAUACGUUCCUCUAG